AAUAUGGGUUUAUUGCCUUAGAAAGUUGAUCUCAACUGGGGGUUUUAAAAGCUGGAGCCUUACUUGUUGUUAAUCCAGAGGCGUAUAGUUAAGUACUCAUCGAGCAUUCCUGCUCAGCUUAGGAUAAGAGUUUCUAAUCAUCGCAAGAAAAGCCAACAUUUCUAUUCUGCUCGUUGAGUCGCUAACAGUUAAAGCUAGUUAAAACCUAAAAGUGUGGCGCCCCUUUGUAGUGCGAGAAUCCAUGACCGCGAAACGCCGCGUAUUUUGCCAUGGCUGUGUAUGUAUAGCGAAGAGUGCGAUUUAUAGAUGCCAUCGUUAGCUGCUAUUGAGUAUUUGCCCAAUAUCGGGGUCAGCAAAGAUUUGAGACAUUUGGAUUGAAGUUGAAGAUUUCUAGAUGAAGCCUAGAAGACCUAACGGACCGCAUCGAGUCUGCCUUUGUUAUAGGCGGAGCCGCGUCGAAGAGUCCAUGAUCAGUUCCAUCCGGGAUAAUCUAAUACGUUGUGACUGCGAGGUUGUUUCGGAUAUUGCACAAUGCACCACGGUUCUCGUUUUAUUGACUCCUGGUAUUUUCGAAUUUAUUGACGAUAACAAGGACCCAGUGCGGACGCAGUUAUCGUACGCUCUUCGGCGCCUCUCACAUGUUUCAGAGUCCCAUUGCAACGAGACGCAGCACGCGCAGCUCAUUGCCAUUAAGUGCGACCUUUUCCAUUGGCCAAAGCUUGAUCUCCUGCCUGAAGAUAUCAGGGCGCUAUAUACGUGCAACGCCGUAAAGUGGAGUCUGGAGAAUCGAGAUACGUUCCUAAAGCAUCUCUUAACUCAAAUUGAUCCAGAACUUGUGCAAUCUCGCAGUCUACCUAUGACAUCAAAGGCGAAGGGAAGCGAAGUUCAAAAUAUCACGUCAGCAACCAUCGUUAAUUCAAAUGUGUCACAUAAACAGGCUAAAAUCAACGAUGAUGAGUAUAAGUCAGAUCAUGAAAAAUCCUUGGUUUGCCAUGACUCAGCAUUUUACAUGAACGCACACGUCUCAUGGGAAACACUUCCAAGUCAACCACUCAUGAGGGACAGACGGCCACCGACAUCAAACUCUCACAUCAAGCAAGCUGUACACAUAGACUAUAAUAUCAAUAUCCUAAAUAAAGAAAUGGCCAAUAUACCAGGCAAAACCGAGCGUGAACCUCAAGAAUCUGUACCUGUGGAUAUGAGCAAUAAUAGACUGAUUCCAACAGCAUUGGAUUCAGUGGAGCCCAUUAGUCAACAGGAAGCUGAUCUCAAGGAUGCCUCUAUUUUAGAUGAAACAACGACAGUAGAAAUUUUGAAAACAGAGAAAACUGCCUCAAUUGGUGCGUGGAAAUCAGGAAAACCCCCUGUUUUUGCUAGAAUGCCAACGCCCGAAGCGUGUUCGAAGUCACCCAAGGAGGCAGCCACCGAUAAAGUAGAGUCACACAUUGGGACAGAAGUUAAGAAGCCAACAAAAUUUCUGCAGAAGCCACGAAAGCUUCCGAGCAUAGACGGACUGGCUACCGUCAUGUAUGAUCCAGCCUCAACCACAGGUAUAGAGGAGUGCGGUCGCUACAAAAAACCGAAAGCCCCACCUGGGCAUACAGCUACCCAUAAGUCGGUACCAUUCAUCUCUAGUCAAAGCGUUCAGGCUUCAGAAGAAACAAUAAGUAUAUCAGAUGUGAAGAUCUGCAAGAAGUUAGGCAGACAAAAUCCGGAAGGAAUUCCCACAAUUGCUGAGACACAUCCAAACCGAAAAGGAUCGUUCGAACGUGAGAAGGGACCGCGAGCCAGCCGACGAGCUAGCACAGGAUCAUCAAUCAACGAGGAUUUUAACACAGUUUUGCCGAGUCGCCCUCUGGGUGCUGGGACUAGCCAAGAAAGAGGGGCGGACGAUGUGAGUUUUGCUCAAGUCCAGAAACUUUGUACCGCACUGUCGGUUGAACAAGCCAAGAGAACUUCACUAGAUAAAACAAUAGAUCGAAAGCAGCAUAACCGGAAGUUCCUAAGUCUAGGCUGCUUGUACAGGAAGAAGUUUACGCUGCACCAAGAAUUGAGGUUUGGACGGUUCGCAGGUGAACACCCAUACGGAACCCUGGGGCAAUAUCGAAAAUUUGUUACGAAUGACGAAUUUUCUGAUGAUAGCUACUAUUCCGCUCAGACGUACACUUUGCUACAAAAAAGCAUAAGAGCAUCAAGCAAAAAUGACACUGAGAAGUACGCAUCCGAACAACAAUGCGGAGAUAAUCAAGAGCCCGUGCUUAUCAAGGAUACUUACUUGCCUGCAGUCCCGCUAAGCUCUUUCAACGAUGAAGACACAUCGGUAGAUACCUAUCGUAAACCCGUACCUAUCGUUGACGGCAUAGGUUUAAGUAACGCAAGCCCGGCUGCUAAUGCUUAUGGAGAACAACAAGCACGAACCUGGUCUUACUCUGUUGGAGUAGAAAAUCCUUUGAUGAGAGAGAUUUCUCAAAGCGAGUCUCCGGAACGUUGCGCCGCUAGGGGUGUUGAUGGGUUCAAAGAAAAUGUGGGCUUUGCCCAUAAAGAGCGCCAACGAUUCUUUCAGCCGCACGACGGAAACAACGAAUUAAAUAACGAAGACCGGAUUGACUAUCAGCAGCCACUUGGGUCCUUCCUGCACAAAAUAGUGCCAAGAGAUAACCUGUCAAAAGGUACCUACGAACAUAGCACUAAAUUUUUAUCAACAUUUGACAUUUGUAAGAAGCCAGAACUGUCUAUAUACGACAAUAUUAAGUACAAACAAGGAUCAGGGCAAGAUCAGCUAGCAGAGACUUUAUAUCGUGGUGAUGAAGAAACAAGUUUAUCUGUGGUCGCCACGGUACGCGAUGCCGGUACCAGCCAUAGCAGUGUCCACGAAACGAUACUUGAGACAGUUGAACCGCUGCAAAUACAAAGAAUGUAUCCAUCGCAGGUGGCACCGUUUAGAUGGGUUUACAACCCGCUUGAGGAACCUUCGGAAGUGAAAGUAUUCGAAGCCGAUGUUCGACAGGCAUUCAAAGCUUCCGUAAGUGAACGCGACAUAGGUUCUACGGCGCCGUCAACGACACAAUCUAAUGUUAAUCAAGAUCAACGACUAGUAAAUCAGUCGAUUGCUUCAGAGGUGAAAGGGGCGCUCAAAAUCGAUCGAGUUUGUCACCGCAUGUUGCACAGUCUGUCCCAAAACAAGCACGAUCAUCCCUUACCUUCCAGCCUUGAACGAUGCCCUGUAAACCUAAAUCGGCAGUCGCUUCAGAGAAAAGACGUUUCCGUCUCUCAACUCAUUCAGCAUGAUUCGGUCCCGGUUCAGACGUCUACAUCUUCCACCGAAAACACCCACAAAGGGCCACUAACUCUAGCUCCUCGUACACGUGAUGCAAUAAAAACUCAUGUGAGCGAAGGAAUUCACCGACGCAGUACGGAGCAUCCUCUACUUGAUGCAACCACAACGGUUAUAAAUAAAAACCAAUUAGAUAGAACAUCUCAAGUUACUACAUUGGCCGGCGGGCCUAUAGACUCGCAAGAGAAUACGCACCAAAAGCCUUCGAUGCUCCUGAAAUCGCCACUGAACGUCGAUGUAGGCGCUAGGGAGUCCCACGUCGGACAGAUUGGACUAAUUGACACGCAUAGUUUACCAGCCAGUGAUACAUACAAAAAUUCAGUAGGGUCUGUUCUUAGCGAACCAUCUACGAAUGGCAACUCAUCUAAGAACACCCGUGGGGCUCACGUGGAAAUCAUGUGCAAAGCCAGCCCGGUACACAAUUAUAUACCCUUGACAAAAAAACCUAAUAAAGAACCUUCAACUUUUAUGCUUGAGGCUCCUUCAAAUGAGUGUGAAGGACUGGACAUCAGUAUAUCCAGUGCUGACCAAAUACAACCAGCAAUUUCUGCGUCUUCCAUCUAUAAGUCUUUGGAGGAUGUUUACGAAAGGCCGCCCACGCCAAUUCCAGACACGCUACUAAUUCAUACAUCAUCGUCCGACUCAGAAAACAUGGAUAGACGGAACCCGCCAAAGCGUCAGGCUAACGUCCGUAUGUCCUUGCAGCAGUGUCAACUGGGGUCAAGUGAACAAAGCAUAUAUCAAAAGCUAGCGACGCCUACGUUCGAAGAGACUAAUGCUAAUGCGGUGCAGCUCGUAGAUUCACAGAACUCGGACGAUGAUAGAAGAACCGUACUAAAGAAACAGUCUGAUGAUGAAGCAGAGUUCUCACCAGUACAGCGGUUCAGACAGUUAAGCGAGAACGAACGUUCGUCAAAUCACGUUGAACGUCGCAGUCGCUCAGUGAUAGAGCGUGCAGUCUCUAACUUCGUUUCGCCGCCUUUACGCCGUGUAAACUCCUCGGGUCUACUUCUCAGUGAUGAGCUAGAGAUGUUUGUAUGCCAGCAUCGUUGCCAGUCUUCCUGUUAUGGCCUUAUAUGCCCUAAACGGUUGGCCCUGAAUCCUUGGGUCAAGCAUGAUGCAAACGUGUUGAAAGAUUUUACAAAUUUAGAGAUCCUUAAUCGGCGCCGACUAUCUUAUCUACUGGCAAUCGAAGCUCAAAGCUUCAUUCGGAACCAUGGGCACUUUAGUGCUGCUACCGAUAUGGUCUGGGGUAACAGCUAUAAAUCGCCUAACAGAGGCUGUGAGUUUUUACCGAAAGCAUCUGAGGAAAGGAAUGCUAAUCCUGGCGACGACGACUCAUCGGGUACUGAUGAAGACCAGAUUAACUACGAACUUUCCAAAAUUGAGAAAAGGCGUCUAAGCAGUCAGCUUGAAUACGCCUUAAAACCUGUGAUGGUUUUGCCACCCCCUAAGUUCAAAGAGGCCGCGGGUCCGGCGACUAAGAGCUUUACCUAUGAAACACCCAAACCACCUAUUGACAAAGAGGGACGUGACAAUACAGUUGAGAGACUACCUAGUAAUGGUAGGGCAAACGACGAAUCACGAGUGUCCUUGUCUGAGAUAAAAAGAAGCAUAUCCUCAACAGCGCAUUCGUUAGAAAACGUUAAAAUAGAGCAGAUCCACAACAAGUCAAGUACAACUGCAGUCACCCAAUCCAGCCUAUCGUCUGCGGUCUAUGGCGUUCCCUCAGGACAAGCCCCCAUGACAGAGAAAUCCAAGGUCACUGAGUGCACUGUUCAACAACCGCUUGGCGUAGCUCACGGUACAAGUUAUGACACGAUCAAGGCCCAAUUCGAAGGUCAGAUCGUGUGUGAAGCCUUGUUGCACAAAUCAAUACGGGGCACCGGAAGCAGCAAGCGGCCAAGUCUACCUUCAGAGAUUUCCGAACUAACCGCUCGCUUCGCGCUGGAAUCGUGGAUAUCGAUUUGGAACUGCGUUCCCCCGCAAGAGGUGCCCCAACUGUCAGACGAACAAAUUAUCUCGCUGCAUGAUCAUAUACGCCUUAUUCUUGCCAAUCAGACCACACUGAAGGAUGUGAGAGCGGCUCUUUACGAACUAAUCAGGCGCGUUUUUCAAAAAAAGCCAGCUUUUGGUGUACCCGCAGCAAACAAUUGGUCACCAUGACGAUCACAAUAGUAGUUUGUAGCACAAAAUGGCUAGAGAUAAAAAAAAAAAGCAUCUGAAACUGGUGAACGCUUUUCUGAGGCAAUGCGGCUGCAGCAAAAUGAAAAACGUGAUACGAAAAACGAAAUUAAGCUUCUAAGCGUAUCUUCAUUUACAUAACUCGUUACAUGAUGAAUAUAUGGUGAAGAUACUUAUUGAUAUGAAACAUGAAAUGUAUAGAAAAAUACAAAUUUGACAAUAUUAAUCAUAGAAACUUAGACAAGCAUAGUAAAUUGCAAUGAAGCUAUUUAUAUAAAUAGCUUUGAUAACUCAGAUUGCCAAUGUAAUAAUAAAAGCUUCUUUGUCUCGAUGGGAUGGUAAUUUUCAGAGCCAGCUCUUUAGUGGUAAAAUAGCAAAUCGAUGUUUUUAAGCCUACUUACGGCUAGCGCUAAGCUAAACUUUCUAAGCAAACAUAUUUCGUUCGAACAAGUAAUUCUAAAUGGCUCUACUGAGUGAACAGAAUUAGACUCAGGCAAAACUUGGACGUGAUAGGACGGACAGCUCAUGUUGUCGAUGACGGCAGAGAUUUGAUAAUACUACUACUAAUGUUGUACAGGCUUCUUUCGAAAUGUGGGAGUAAGAUCAUCGUGCCAUUUUUCUACCGUAAGCGAUAACAGCUGCACCAAUUCUAUUUGUAGUAGUUGAUGAGAAUUUAUUAAACGUAUAGAUGCAACCAAAUAAUAGCACUAAAUACUCAAUAAUCGAAAUGCAGUGACGCGACAAUUUAUUAUAGUUUAAACUUGUUCUUUUUUUAUUUAUUGCAGCGUAUCUAGCUCAGCGUCAUUAGAGCCCAUUGAGCCCAGUAUCGUUCAUUCACAGCACUGCCGCACGUUAAACUUCCAACGUUUUGUUAUAUCGCUUUUUCUGCCGAUGCUUUGUAUUUGCGACAGAGUAUCUUCAUGCAGUUCAGUCACUUCUGUUCUAUCGCGCUAAGAAAAAGAACGGGCGGCACGUAGUUAAAGGGCGGGAACAGCUGUGUGUAGGAAUCAAUGUGUGACAGUGCACAGUGUUUAUUGUUACUGCCGCUGGAGCUUUUGUGGAUGCUGAUUAGAACGUGAAUGUUUUCAUAUAGUCUGAAAAUCAAAAAAAAAAAA